CGAGAGAUCUGAUGAAAGUUGAUGGAUCUAAUGGAAUCUUUUUACAAAGAUAAAAAGGAAGAAUUUCUUAUGGAAGGAGAAAAACCUUGCUGAAACAGGACAAAAACUAACCCUCGUCCUUGGGUUUGCUUUCCCUCGAUCUUUGCACAUUCAUUCACUGGCUGAAGUCGUUGGAGCAUCUGAGUUGGGAGGAGCAUUGGUCCUCUCGCUCUCUUGUAUUUUGGUUUUUCUUUUAAUAUCGAUUUUUGCCUGCCUUAAACAAAAAAUCUUGUUCCUCUCGAGAAACCAAGCUGAGCUCCCUCACUUCAUCCCCACCAUCCCUUCUCUCCUUUUCUUCUCUCUCUCCCUCUCUCUCUCAUUCCAUUUAGUCGGUUCCAAAGAAGAGAUGGGAGAGCAGCAGAAGCAGGCUCAACCACUUGGUGUCUGGCACACCAUCAAGCCGUUCGUUAAUGGCGGUGCCUCUGGUAUGCUCGCCACCUGCGUCAUUCAGCCCAUCGAUAUGGUCAAGGUCAGGAUCCAAUUGGGUCAGGGAUCAGCAUCCUCUGUGGCCUCGACGAUGCUCAAGGAGGAAGGUAUUAGGGCCUUUUACAAGGGUCUGUCUGCUGGACUACUGAGGCAAGCCACCUACACAACUGCCCGACUUGGAUCAUUCAGGAUGUUGACCAACAAGGCGAUCGAGGCGAAUGAGGGGAAGCCUCUUCCUCUGUAUCAGAAGGCAUUGUGUGGAUUAACUGCUGGUGCUAUUGGAGCAUGUUUUGGAAGCCCUGCAGAUUUAGCACUCAUCCGUAUGCAGGCUGAUGCCACUUUACCCGCCGCUCAGCGUCGGCAUUACACCAAUGCCUUCCAUGCACUUUCCCGUAUUGUGGCAGAUGAGGGUGUUUUGGCUCUUUGGAAGGGUGCAGGCCCUACUGUUGUCAGGGCAAUGGCUUUGAACAUGGGAAUGCUUGCUUCAUAUGAUCAAAGUCUUGAGCUCUUCAGGGAUAACCUUGGUUUCGGUGAAAUUCCUACAGUUGUAGGUGCUAGUGCCAUUUCUGGGUUCUUUGCUUCAGCUUGUAGCCUUCCAUUUGACUAUGUGAAAACACAGAUUCAGAAGAUGCAACCUGACGCUGAGGGAAAGUAUCCAUACACCGGUUCCCUCGACUGUGCUAUGAAGACUCUCAAGGCCGGUGGACCACUGAAAUUCUACACUGGAUUCCCUAUUUAUUGUGUUAGGAUUGCUCCCCAUGUCAUGAUGACUUGGAUAUUCCUGAACCAGAUCCAGAAGGCGGAGAAGAAAAUCGGAUUAUAGUUGAUAUGAGAGAUGGGGGAGUUUCCUGGUAGUGCAGUUAAAUGAAAUAACGCACCAAAUAUCUUUGGAUGAUAUGAUGCAUUGGUUUGUAGACUUUGUUUGGGGGGUUUACUGUUUGCUGGGUUAAUUUGUGGGGGCAAGGCAAGAGAGACAUUGUUUUUGGGACACAAUGUUUACAAUUGCACUGAUGUAGGACGUUCUUUGUAUCUCUAGACUUUCUUUUUUGGCCGUUUAGAUUGAUCCAUUUUCACCUUUUGGAUUCGAAGAGAGUUCUUUUAUCGGUCUCAGAAGAUGACGAUAUGGUGAAGGAAAAAAAUAAUUUUUGCACUCUGGGGUAUCAUAAGUUACUCCUCGAGGAGAUGUGAUUCAUGAUCUGAUAAAUUGCAUCUGAUUUC